CUAUCAUGGCUGCCUCCACGGGAAAGAGUUUGCUGCGACUUUUUCGAACACACUCGUCGUUUUUACAGAAUUACAUUCAUUUCAAGUUACCAGGUUUAGCUUGCAGUAUACAUCAGUCAUGGUCUGUCCGAUCAGCAAGAUAUAUCAAUACAAGUUGUUUAAUUCAUAACAGAUUUUCCUCUCGGAGCUAUUCUGGGAAUCCCAGUAUAGAUGUUGAAGAUAUUGAGAGAAGAUUAUCAAUACCUCAAGAAAAGACUAAUGCCGUCAUCGAAAAAGUAAACACGGAUAUUUUGACCAACCCUGGAAGGUUAUUUGCAGUUGUUUACUUCAAUAGAAAACAGUAUAAAGUGACUGUAGAAGAUUUAAUACUGUCAAUUGAGCAUAUAGAAGCCGAUAUUGGUGAAAAGAUUAGGUUAGAAAAGAUUAUGAUGGUUGGAAGUAAUGACUUUUCUCUGAUUGGACGGCCUCUUCUUUCGAGAGACAUGGUGGAAGUGUGGGCAACUGUGAUCGAGAAAACAACAACACCAAAACAGAUAUACUUCAAAAUGAAAAGAAGGAAAGGGUAUAAAAAAUGGGUUGAAUAUAAAGAUAACCUCUCGGUUUUGAGAAUCAACAGUAUUGAGAUCACACCACUAAAAGAUAGAAGAUUAUAGGGGCUAAAAACAUCUCAUCUUAUUUUAUUAGCUAACCUGUUAUCAAUUUAUUUUAUCUGCCAUUCAACAAUGUCUUCUGAACAUGUUGUUACUGCAAAAUGCUCGAAAUGUCUGGAAAAAAAAGAGGUCUUAACCCAAUUUUACACUUUCUAAUGGCUUAAAAUGUAAGAUUUUGACAAGGUCUGAU